UUUCAGCUGUCAGUUUUUAGGUUAUGGCAAGAAUUUUUGUUAUGACUUCUGAUCACAAAAUAUUCUGAAAAAAAAUAAUAAUUCGAGAAAAAUUUCACAAUAUUUAGAAAUUUGAAAAUAUAUAAAGUAAAAUUCCCCUUCAAUUCAACAUGAUUCCUCAUGUUCGGAAUUUAAAGUUCUUAUUCCAGCAAAGAUUACUAUCCCCCAAUUGUGUACGACUUCUUACAACCACAACCCUAAAUCAAGCUAAAUCAACUCAUGCCCGAAAAAUCGACGAAAUCAAUGAUGAACCAAUAAAAUUCUUUGGUAGUGGAGCAGCUUCCUGGCGAGCCAAAGACACUCGCAGUGGUGGUGCCGAUGAAGCUCUCUGGUAUCAACAGUAUGUCAUCUCGGGUAGUGUUGCAAUUUUCUUGAUUUACUUUUGCAUCUUGAGAGAAGAAAAUGAUAUUGAUCAGAAGCUAGAAGGAUCUCUGUAUGAUCAUAUCGACGGUCUGGAAGAACAGCAACUCGUUAUUCGUUACAAGUAUAAUCGAGACAAUAAUGUCGAUACUUCGGAUAUAGAGAAGCGUCUUCUUGAACUUGGCAUCGAUGCUAGGAAGUUGGAUCAGAAGUAAUAAUGCCUUCGUUUUUUGAUAAUUGUCUUUUUUAUUUAUUAAAGUGAGGAAAGAAAUGUAUGUUAAAGAUAUAAAGUUAAUAAAAACUAAAAUAAAAGAA